AUGGCCGGCCUUUUCCAGUUGGGCGACAUCAUUCAGAUCAGUCGGGCUGCCUGGGAACUCUACAAGUUCGGAUGGGAUGAUAAUCUCAACGCGGCGACACAGUUCGGGCGAUUCGGUCAAGAUGUGAAAGGACUCGCCGAGAGCCUCGACGGCCUGAUUCGCAUGAUAAACAGUGCCUACAACCAGGUGCGUGGUGGCAUAGGCGCUCACAGGGCGCCGCGCUGGAAUUUCGCCUCGCUGAACGAGAUCAUCGGCGACUAUCAACGCACCAUCUUCGAAUGUCGACGGCUGGUCGAGUCGAACCGCCAGUAUGGACAGGGAGUCGGCCCAUGGCGCAACAUCGAGUGGAACAUCUUGAUCCAACCCCAGGCGGCGGCGCUGCAACAGCGAAUCCUGCACCACAAUUCCAAGAUCCUCAUCAUCAUCAAGCCCCUGGAGAUUGACCUGCUCAGUCAAAUCAUCUCCAGGCUGGACGCUGUUCAGGGUCAAGUCGAACAAGUCAUCGGUAUUCUGACUUCAGACAUUCCUCAAGCGGUCCGCCAGCAGGAGCAGCAACUCUCCCAUACGCUCGACUGUCCUCCAGGUAUCGCGGCCAGAUUCCAAAGCGCCGCUGAACUGGGCCCCAGCAACCAACGAAGCAAUUCGAGUCGGCCCUUGUCAGACUUCACCGAAGCAUUUCUUCUGCACCUCAGACAGUCGACCAUCAGCUUCCUACCAGAGGCGACGUGGGAAGCUCAAAUCGCUCCGCCGAAAGAAUACGUCAAUCUCUUGAAGUGUGUUUGGCUGAUGACCCGGAUUGAACAACAUCCGGAUCUCCUCUCAGGAAACGACGAGUCUCAUUGGCCCUCGUAUGUCAAGGGCUUGAAAGCUGAACUGUCCCGGGAGUGCUGGAGGUUCGAUCCCAGGAGUCCCGACCAGGUCCUUCCCCCAGACCUCCGAUCACUGAACAACGUCGACUUCUCAAUCUGGCCAGUAAAGGCGCCAGAGUCUAUUCUUCCUCCAAUCGUCCAGCUCCCUGCGGCGAUGAUGGACGAGCUUCUCAAUGUAACGAUGGCGUCCCCUAGACCGUCGCUCGUCCACCACCUCCGUCUUCUUCGCGGCGUCAACGGUAAGAUGAGUGCCGUGAUCUCCGCAGUAGACUACGAGGGCGAAGAGGAGAGGAGAGACGGUCGAACGUUGGACUUCAAUAUCGAGAGCGCCGGACUCGUCCCUUUAUAUGCCGUCUCCUUUGGCCAAGGACCCCUCAGCGUCAUCUUGAAGACAGAAUCGGUCAUGGCAGAGUUGGCCUUCAGACACGUGGACGAGCUACUGCGGUUUCAGCGAGCUCUGACGGGGUAUAAAGUCUAUCAAGACUAUACACAGCCCAGCGUGGUGCUAGAGCUAAUCAUGUCAGAUCGCAAGACGCCUCGAGUCCACACGGCUCACGUGCAAUUGUGGAUUGCGAAGGAACUGGAUGGCCGAGCCAGUACUGGACCAGGAUCGGAUAGCGACCUCGAUCCUAGUUCUCGCCGAACAUCCACUGCCUCUCCGCGAUCUUCUCCGACUGCCCCCUAUCCCGGGGGCGGGAGUAACUUGAAUGUGCGGUCAGUGCCUCCGGCCACUGACCCGCUGAUCACCCGACUGAGCCACUUCAACAUAGGCCAACGGCAGGCCUGGCACAACGGGGGUCCUUCAUCCAAUGGUGUAUCUCCGGGACGUGGCCUUCCACGACCAUUCCCAUUCCACGCCGCUCUCCCUCCCCAGGGGAUCAAUCGAGCCGAUUCCAUGGCAUCCAUCCAGACCACGACCUCGGCCUCGACGGCACGGGAGUCACACUCGAUAUUCUCCACCCAGUCAAAAGCCUCACGAUCUACCAGCGCCACGUCACGUAAGCUCGCCAGCCCCGACUUUGGCACCGGCCGCGGAUACGUCUAUCAGAAACCCGUGGAGCCAUUGCUGGUGCUGCUGUUGAAAUCGACGCCCGACCCAACGGUCCAAGUCGGACCCGCAAACGGCGUCAACAACGCGCCGCCACCCUUCAGCGUGGUCAUCAUCCAGCUGGACGAAAACACGGCCCCCAACUACGAGCGCUGCAGCUGCCAAAGUCACCCCGACCAAUGCGACAUUACGGCCCUGGAGCGAGACAGGGGCAAAGAAGACCUUUCCGCCCGUAUCAUUGAAGCAGACGAGCUCGAAGCCUGGGACCUCAUGCGCCUCCGCCCGUCGACGCGCCAGGGUCAACUCUCGGCCGACGCGGCCACGGCCGGGACCUUCUUCGCCAGACAGCCCAACCCGCUGCCGAAGCUACGACGAGUCACGCUGAAGUUCCCGGACGUGCAGUCUCGGUAUCGGUUGAGUGGGCGGCCGUGCAGUUGUAACAAGACCAGAACCACGGGCGAACUGAUGGCCUGUCUGGCCGAGAAGCACCAGGGUUUGCUAGGUCAGAUACGACAGUACCACAAGAAAGAACUCGAGCGGUUCGAGGAGGCACAGAGGAGGAGGUCGGAUGUGAUACUAGGGCCGAUGGCGAUUGGGUGA